AUGUCUAUGAACGACAUGCUCCCGGAUUCUCUUCUCAACCUCUUGGCCUUCUGCUGGAGGUCUGAUCAUCCGGCGAUCUAUUCUUCAAACAGAGCGUUGCAAUCCAUCGAUAAGCAUGCGCUUUUCAAUUUGAGGAAAGCGAACAAUCUUGUAGAGCACUGGUUCCUGAUCUACGACACCGAUGGUUCAUGGUCCGUCUUCGACCCGUACAAGAAUGUCUGGCACACGCUUCCACAGAUGCCAUUCCCACCUUUGACAGUCUCCGAUGACGUGACGGUAAUGUGCGUUGAAGCCGAUUUACUGUUCUGUGUGUACAAUGGGGGCAGCAAUUUCAUCAACAAAUUCGAGCUUGUCACCAACAAUUGGAGCCCAAGCGCCGGGAUGACUGUCUCGCGAAAUCUAUAUGGCUGGGCAGUUGCGGGAAACUUGGCUUUGGUAGCCGGUGGUGCUGAUUCGAACACGAAACCCUUGGCUGCAGCUGACAUGUACGACUUCGACACUGCUUUCGUGGACAACAAGUUUUACGUCUUUGGAGGCGAAGGAGAAACUGGCAACUUCUUCACAAGUGCUGAAUUGUAUGACAUCGGCUCGAAGAAAUGGUCCGUGGUUGAGAACUUCUUACCGGAGAAUUUAGCCAUGGCAUCAAAAUCCAUCACUGUUGCUAACGGCAACAUCUAUCUAGCAACCGCGAGUACGGACCCAGAUGGUGAGGUGUUAAUGUACGACCGAACUUUUGGCGAAUGGGUGUUCAAGGGGCUCUUCCCUUACGAUUUGGUUCGGAAGACGAUGGACUGCAAAUUGUCGGUUUAUAGGCCAGCAAGAGAGCAGUCCGUGGAUCGGUUGGUGUUCAUUGGCACUCGUAUGGAUCCACCCACAGGACAAAUGGCAACGGAGAUAUAUGCUGCGGAACCGGUGGAACCACUAGAAUGGCAACUUUUGGGGUCAAAGACUGGAUGGUUUGCGCCAAAGACUGGACUGGAUGGUUAUUAUAUUAGAAGUAUUUUACCUUGGAACCAACAGAGAUGGCGAUGA